GCGAGCUUCAGUCUAUUUCUCCCUUCAUGGAUGUUCCCCCCUCCCGCUCCCUCCUCCCCAUCUCUCCCUCCCUCUCUUCCUCCUUUAUGAGGUAAACUUGUAGAGGUGAACACUGACGAUCGAGGACGUCCUAUAGUUCAGCAUGUCUGACGUGGAAGGAGACGUUAGUGUUCCCGUGGCGGUCGGUGGCCCCAUGGACUUGAAUACUGCAGUCCAAGAAGUGCUAAAGCAGGCUCUUAUGGCUGAUGGUCUUGCUCGUGGACUCCAUGAAGCUGUAAAGGCUUUAGACAAGCGUCAGGCACAUCUGUGCUUGUUAGCAAAUAACUGUGAUGAGCCUGGCUACUCGAAACUUAUUGAGGCCCUCUGCCAAGAGCAUCAGAUCAAGCUCCUGAAGGUUGACUCAAACAAAAUGCUGGGGGAAUGGGCUGGUCUCUGCAAGAUUGAUCGUGAAGGGAAGGCUCGUAAGAUUGUAGGCUGCUCGUGUCUUGUUGUCACUAACUAUGGUAAGGAGACCCAGGCUCAUGAUGUUGUCAAUGAGUAUUUCAAGAGCAAGGGACAGUAAAACCCUAGAUAGACUAAGGGACAGUGAAAACCCUAUAUAUAUAUGUGUGCAGAAUCACAAAAGUUCCAGUAAUCCAGGAGUCAGGGGUGAAUUUAAGCUAAAAGAUCCUGCUCAGCAUUUGAAUGGGGGCCACUGAUUUCCACAAAUUAAAAAAAAUAAAUAAAAAAAAAUUGAAA